AUGUACUAUAAAGGACGUUAUUUUGAUGACAUGGCUAAUAAUUCAUAUAAAGGGAACGUGCUAUUUGUACCUCUUGGUUUCUAUCGCCUUUCAGACGCCGUGUUAUUUAAAAAAUAUAUUCUUGUUGUGCCCUUUUCUCGACAUACAGUGGAUCCCAUUUUCUUUAAGUUUAAACGUAAACAGCAGUCGACCCUCAUCAGGACCAUCAGAGGCAGAUUAGAGAGAUACACUUCAGAAACUCAGGUAUUUGCUAUAACCUGUGCACCUAUGGCAACAUGUGUAUUAUGUGAUAACAAGACUUACUCUUGCUCUUGUGAAGGACUCUUGAGAUUCUUUUCACGUACCUUUUCAGGCUACCUUGAUCCAUCUAGUGGCAAUAAAGAUGUGGUUGCUGGAACAAAGUUGGAGCUUCCCUGUUGGCUGGCCAGAGCUCUCUGCUCAUCAAGACGGCACAUAGUGUCAGCCCAGUUACCGAAUACAUUUAAGGAGCGAUAUAGGGAAAUUAUGAAAGCUGAUGCAAGUGUUGUAGAUUUGCACAAACUUGGACCACACUAUUAUGAGUUAGGACAGCAUCUCCUGCCUCUAGCUGGACCUGAAGCAGCAGCGCUAGCAUCUCUUUUGACACAAACUCUCAGAGAACGCCUACGAGGAAUAAUGGACUCUGCGCAGAACUCUCUACGGGAUGAUGUGAAUGCCCAGAUUGUCAAACUAGAUGAGCUUGAGAGGACGCUCUUCCAUGCUGGCCAGAAAGCUCUCCAGGAUCACCAGCUGUGGCUGUCCCGCAGGGCUCACAUCCUCACCACUUCGACCAUGGUUGAUCAGCACAAUAAGAGGAAAUUCUCGGCAAUUGAUUCAUGAAAAAAGGGAAAUUAAAUUGAAGAUUGUGUACAGAUUUUCUCACUUUUCUAGAAUUACAAUCAUUUUGUGAAGAAUCAGUAUAUUGAAGAUAUUUAUAUUUGUAAAGACAGUGGAUUUAACACAUAACUUGUAAUACUUGAAAUUUUAAGGGUUGGUUUUGUAUGGAAUAAUAAAGCUAAACACAUAUAA